AUGGGUUCUCAAACUCCAUAUAGCCUGUCUUCUGGCUAUGUAGGUCUUCUUACCAGUCAACACGAUAGUGUUGUCAAUGGGAACUUCGGCUAUGACAGUUUUCAUUCCCAAUCAUCGGAGAUCCCUCUCUUCAGUUCACAGUCUGACGCUCCAACUCCAGUUGAAGACACACUACCGCAGCGUGGGACGAGACAGAAGUGGACACCAGCUGAUGAUGAGGUGCUAAUCAGUGCCUGGCUCAACACAUCCAAGGAUGCCAUUGUCGGCAAUGAACAAAAGUUACACACCUUCUGGAAAAGAGUUGCCGAAUACUUCGAAGCAAGUCCUCAUGUUACAAAUGGUGGUCCAAAGAGGCUGCAUAAACAUUUGAAGUCGCGAUGGCAUAAAAUAAAUGAGUCAACCCAGAGAUUCUGUGGCGCCUAUGCAGCCGCAGAGAGGCAGAACCGCAGUGGUCAAAACGAGAAUGAUGUUCUCAAGGCCGCUCACGACAUCUACCACUCUGAUCACAACAUAAAAUUCAACCUCGAGCAUGCAUGGUGUGUGUUAAGGUAUGACCAGAAAUGGCUUAACCUCAACCCUCCUCCUAAGGCUGCUGGGAGUUCAAAGAGAAAGGAUGGUGUCGAUGGUGUCGAAGGUUCCGAAGCUUCUGUCUUUGUUGGUGAUAAUGAGCCCCGCCCUGAAGGUGUCAAAGCUGCAAAAGCAAGAAGGAAUUCGAAGCAAGGGAGGAGUGUUGAGGAUUAUAAGAGCAUUUGGGAAAUAAAGAAGGAAGAUUUUGCUGAGAAGGAGAAGUUGUCUAAGCUAGCCAUACUAGACACUCUUCUGGCAAAAAAAGAUCAACUCACCGAGGCUGAGGAAAUUGUGAAGGAUAAGAUAGUGGCCCAGUAUUUUUAA